GUGGCGGCGUCUCCAUGGCGACGGGGCUGUUCCCGGGGAGGCUGUGAUGGGUUGACAGGUGCGUGACAGUCGCGGCUCUCGGCAGGCAUGUACGGCAAAGGCAAGAGCAACAGCAGCGUCCCGUCCGACAGCCAGGCCCGCGAGAAAUUAGCACUGUAUGUAUAUGAAUAUCUGCUCCAUGUAGGAGCACAGAAAUCAGCCCAGACGUUUUUGUCAGAGAUAAGAUGGGAAAAAAACAUCACACUGGGGGAACCCCCAGGAUUCUUGCAUUCCUGGUGGUGUGUAUUUUGGGAUCUCUACUGUGCGGCUCCAGAAAGACGAGAAACAUGUGAACAUUCAAGCGAAGCAAAAGCCUUUCACGACUAUAGUGCUGCAGCAGCUCCCAGUCCAGUGCUAGGAAACAUUCCCCCAGGAGAUGGCAUGCCAGUAGGUCCUGUACCACCGGGUUUUUUUCAGCCUUUCAUGUCCCCUCGGUACCCUGGAGGUCCAAGGCCACCUUUAAGAAUACCCAAUCAGGCACUUGGAGGUGUCCCAGGAAGUCAGCCAUUAUUGCCUAGCGGGAUGGAUCCAACGCGGCAGCAAGGGCAUCCAAAUAUGGGCGGGCCAAUGCAGAGAAUGACUCCUCCAAGAGGAAUGGUUCCGUUAGGACCACAGAACUAUGGAGGUGCUAUGAGACCCCCACUGAAUGCUUUAGGUGGCCCGGGGAUGCCUGGAAUGAACAUGGGUCCUGGGGGUGGUAGACCUUGGCCAAACCCAACCAAUGCCAAUUCUAUACCUUAUUCCUCAGCAUCUCCUGGGAACUAUGUAGGUCCUCCAGGAGGUGGAGGGCCACCAGGAACACCUAUCAUGCCUAGUCCUGCAGAUUCAACCAACUCUGGAGACAACAUGUACACUUUAAUGAAUGCAGUGCCACCUGGACCCAACAGACCUAAUUUUCCAAUGGGGCCAGGGUCAGAUGGACCUAUGAGUGGACUGGGUGGAAUGGAUUCCCAUCAUAUGAAUGGAUCAUUAGGCUCAGGAGACAUGGACAGUAUUUCCAAAAACUCUCCCAGUAAUAUGAGCAUGAGUAAUCAGCCUGGCACUCCCAGGGAUGACAGUGAGAUGGGUGGAAACUUCCUAAACCCUUUUCAGAGUGAGAGCUACUCCCCUAGCAUGACAAUGAGUGUGUGAUCCGUUAACAAGUCACGCCAUGAAGACCACAGUGAGUUGGCCCUCUUCAGAGAGCUACUGCAGAAGAAAAUUAUUCAUCCCAGUGUACAGUUUAACAAAAGGAUCUCAGACACAAUCAGACCCACCAUUUUUUUUUCUAUCAUCUCCCUUGUAUUGUCAAGACAGUGGGUCCCAAACAUGAUUGAGGCAACUGUAAAGAGUGGCGUAACAGAACUGCCCAAGAUGGAACUGCAGACAGUUAUCUGUGUUAUGUACAUGUGUGGGUUAAUGUAUAUGUAUGUGUGUGUAAUAUAGAAAUACACACAUACAUAUAUAGACCCACAGGACAUUGUAAAAUCACAUGAAAACUUAAGUAGAAAUGAGAAGUAGGGACUUUUAUUCCAUCUUCUUUUUUUUUCGCGUUUACAUUUUAAUUAUUAAAAUUUGCUUUCCCUCUCUCCUCCUGAACUGUUUUAUGUUGCAUAUAUCACUACUUUAUAAGUUAUUUUUUAAAGGUGAACUCGGAUGAUAAAUUCUUCUGAUUUUGUAAAGGUCUGCCAUUAUAGAUAGGAAUAAAAUUGCUUAUAAGAGCUUUCAUUAACUUGUGUUUGAUACCAGUUACCCUGUGAAUGACAAAUUAUACUGUAUCAAGAAAUAGAAGAAAGCUCAUCUUAAUUUUUUGGAGAAAUUUAAUAAUUUUCACCUAGUUCGGUGAUUUUUUUUCUUUUUAAUACUUUGCCUUUAAAAAAAGAAGCACUGAAGGUUAUUUUUCUUCUUUAAUUGAAGCCUAGUAUCUGCAAUAUCUGUUUUAAAUGGAAGCCUGAAUUUGAUGCAAGCUUCUUAAUUUAUAUAGAGUACUAUAAGGUUACUGCAAGUGAGCUCCAAUUGCUAUAGAAUCUAGCAAUAAAGUGUCAGGGCUGCUUCUGCCCUUGGAAAUGAGUUUUCUAUUUAGCAUGAUCUUCUGUAGGUGUGGUAGUUAGUGGUAAUACGGUGGAAUCCUUAUCACUGAAGCACUCAAAUUUUCUAACAAUUUACUCCUGUUUCCUAUUUUCAGUGAUUCUCAACCAAAUUUUAAGAAUCCCUGGUCCUAAUUAUAAGCAGUAUUUCUCAAGCCCACUCAGAAAAUUGGGUCACCCUGCUGCAUGGGUGUGUAUUGUUCACCAUGCCUACCAAAAUGAAGCCAACCCUUAAACUUCCCAGUAAGCAAUCUUCUUUUUUUGGUUUUUUUUUUUUUUUGGUUUUUUUUUUUGAGCCAAAAUGAUGAACUAAACUUUUUUAUGACUGCUAGUCUUGAGGGGUCUUACCUUUUGCCAUGAACAGAAGAGGAACAAAGGUCUGGGCCAUAUUAUAAGGAGGUCAGCAUAUUAGACAUGAAAGCUGGGGAAAGAAUGGAGAAAAGGCACACGAUCUUAAAAGAAACACUUAUGAAGGCAGUCCCGUGUCUCCUCAGGCAAAGCUCCAAGACCAAGAUUAUGGUACAUUUAGUUCCUAGUGACUUCCAGCUCCCGCAAGAAAACAAAAGUUUUCUGUUGUUUACUGAUGAAAAGGUUGAUGAUCAGCAAUGCCAAUGAAGUGGCUGGAAAAAAAUUAAUGCCACAGGAAAAUAGCGAAGUCCUUUCCUUGGAAUUUGCAUGUAGAAUAGCCACCUACAUAGGAGCAGCAGUUCUGAGAGGUGAUAUGUCCAUGCAGUCUUGCAUGGAGUUUUUUUCACAAACAUACAAUGAAGAAGUUUGUUGUGAUGGUAGCUACAACAGGAUGCAUAAUGAAUACUGCAAUCUCCAAACUUGUUUUAAUUUACAUAUAUUAUAUAUAUAUGAAUAUAUGUAUAAUAUAUGAAAAUAGCAAAAAAUUAGUAGGAAAAUAUAUAAUAACUACUUUCUUUAGUUGUAAGCCUAACCUAGUCAUCAUAUGGUUUUGUGGACCAGUGAUUGUGAAAGUUAUAUUCAUUUGCUUAUCUUUGGAAAACACUUUGUCUCAAAAGAUGCUAGAAGCCCCUGCUAUUGAUUUCAGUUAAAAAACCACAAAAUCAGAUCUAAUUCCUAGCACCUUCACUGUUGUCACUAAUACCAGUGGUUUCAGUGGCUAUGUCCCAGUGCACCCCAGCUUCUCCCAUAAGACUGCAGAGUCCAAAUGUCCUUGCAGCCCACAUAUGACACCUAUAGUAUCCUUGGUAACAUUCUAAGAAGGACUUUAGAACGCUUCUCUGCCCAGUUUCAGUCCAAUGAUGUUGCUGCUACUGGACUAAAAUAGGUGGGUAUAUCUGGGCUAUGCAUCAAAUGACAAAAGUCAUUAAUGCAGCAAGUAAGCGUGCCCUCAAGUGAGCACUUAAACCACUGAGUGCAUCUGGGAUCUGUUGUGUGUCUCCAGGAGAACCCCCUGUACUGUCCCAUGCCGGGCUGGGGCUCCUGCAGGCAGCGUGUCCACUGAGCAUGCGACAGCUGGCUGUGGUGGCAUCACUGAGGGUUUUCUCUGCAUUCGAUUGCUGAAACUUGGUACUGUGACAAGGUUGAGGAAAACUGGGGCUUAGUGUUAACCAGAGACCUGAUUGUUUGGUUUUUUUUUAAAUUUAUUUCUGAAUUUGACAUUAUCUCCAGUAUUUUAGCUGUUAAGAGAAAAGGUCUGACCAUUAAAUUAAAUCUCUGCAAAGAAACUCCUUAAAUGGAACUGCCAAUAUAUACUGAAUAUCAUCAUAAAAUAUGUUGUCCUAAUUUAUGUACAGGACUAUAACAUCCUUUCAGGCACAGAAUUAUCCUCUGUAGGUCUUUAAAAUUCCCUUCAAUACAAUUUUUCUUACUGCCAGUGUGUCUUUCUUCCCCCUUUCCAUGUCUUUUCCAAAACAUUUAUAUCAAAUUUGUUGCAUUGAUCCUGUGGCUUUAGUCUCAGGAAAUACAUUCCUGGCUUCAAAAGGAACAAGAUCAAGCCCUGCUGCUCAUAGCCUGUAUUCUGUGCCCUGAUACUGCAAGUUAACAGUUACGUCCACCAUUUCUCAUACCAACAUAGCCCCAGAAAGUAGUGGCAUAAAAAAUAUGCACACUUGCAAAAUUUUAUAUUUGGAAGAUCUGCUUGAAUACUUACCACAUAUCUUAUUGUUAGAAUUUUAAUUAGAUGUAAGGAAACCUAAUCAUCCUGCCUUCUGUAGGGAAUGCUUAUAUCCUGUGCUUACAUAUAUCAGAAGAGUUUCUUCACACGUGCAUUGGUAAGAUCAGGGGAUAAUAACUAUACAUAGGUUCUGUAGCUGAACCAUUAGGAAAGAGUCUUAUAUGCUAAAUAUUCAGCUUUAAAAUUAUAAGUAUCCCUUUGGGGUUUUUAAAAUAUGCACACAACUUUCUGCUUUGUUCAUUUAUUUUCUUACUUUCACUUUUAAAUCCUUGUAGGACUUUCAUCAUAUCUAGAGUAUUAAAUGUGGAAAGAAAAACUAGUUUCAAGCACUGAUUUUUCACUCCUGCUUCUGUUUCUAAUGCACUAGACAGCAAUGUGUAAUGUAACUACUGCCUAUAUCUGUCCUUGUACAGCAGCAUAAUUGAUGAUGUCAGACUUCUCCAGCUCUGGGAGGAAUUUUAUUUUAAAAGAGGUGCAGGACAGUUUUUCCUCAUCGGUUUUUUAGAAAGAUUUCUCUCUUUAAUACAGAAAUAAGUAGAUCAUGAUUCUAUAAAUUGUUCUCUUAGGCAAGGUUCAAGAAAGUCUUAUUGAAAACAGAAGUGAUGAAAUACUGGAGUAGCAGAAAUAGGGAGUGAUGUCUCUCUCCUACUGUGAGAAAUCAGGCAUAUAUUCUGGACCUGUAGAAAGCAACUGAAGGUGGGAUUCACUUUCCAUUUUUGUAGUGAAACCAGUGUUUUACCAGCUGCAUAAACCCAUGAAGAGCAGUAUUCAUACCCAGAUUUUAUCUCCAUGUCACCCAAAUGUUAUCUUCAUGUCUAAGGCAAGAAUGGGGUUUAUGCUAAGGAAGAAAGCUGAACUAAUCACAAGUAAAGCAUGUGACCUGACAUGUGCAUUAAAAAACCACUUGCAUAUUUGCAUGUAUGGGUGACAUUAUUUUCUUGAUUGCCUGAGCAUAAGGAAGAACUGCAGUUGCACUCUGUGUUCCCUCCUUCCACUGUUGAGUGAGUUUGGUGCAGGUAAGAAAUGUGGCAAUAACCCUGAGUCAAGGCUUUGACACUCUGUGUGCUUCUCAGUGAAAUAAAUGCACCUCUGCUUGACACCAAGGCAUUCCAGAGUAGCAUUUUCCAGGUCAGAGGGUUGUCCAUCCAGCCAGUAGCUGAGGCCACAUUUGCCAUUUUUGAUCUGGAAGCCUCCUGGUUACAGAAACCAGGCCGCCAAUGGGUCAUGUGUUCAGGGAUAAUAAAAACUUUUGGAGUUAGCAGCCUGAUCCCCUUACCAUAAGGUUAAAUGCCCCAUGUCCCAAGAUGUCCAGCUGUUACUUUCCCUUGCAGUGGGAAAUACAUGUGCUAGUUGUUGAUUUUAAAUAAUUGAAAUUAGGAAAAACUGAAUAAAAUCUUACUUCUUUAUGUAUAGACAGCUUCUUGAACUGACUAAAAAUCACUUGGGUUUUCCGCUGUUCUGUGGCUAGCAAACAAGAUACUGCAUGUAAAGAUUGCUCAGAAUUAGAUAGGUAAUUUAAUGAGGACCCAGCUGUUAACAAAAGUCAGUGUUGAACAUUUUAUUCUUUUUUUUCCAUUUACUAGUCAAAAUGGAUUUUCAGCUGAUAAAUGUUGCACUGAUUCUAUUUCUAAGAUCAGUUAAUUAUUUUUAGUAUUAUCUCCUGCUUUUGGUCAUCUUUGAUUCUUCUUGGUGGUGGCUGCUAAAUAUGGACUGGAUUCUUCAAGCUUUGACCCUGCACAUUUGCAUUUGGAGAGUAUAAAAUAGAGCUUAACGAUAUAUAAAUAAGAUCAGUACAGGUAAAUUGCUUUUUCUCUCAUUCACUGUAAGUGAUGGCUCCUGUCCCAAACACGCUUGAUUUUGGUUGGGCCCUGGGGAUGGGAAUCUUGAUGGGAAUUGGAUCUUUCAAAUAAAACCCCAAAACAUCUUUCAACAAUGACAGGUCAUUUCUCUUCAAACUGAUCAUGCUAAGGAUAAUUCAGGAUUUACUGAUACAAAAAAAAAUAUAAAAAUUGAGUGUGCUUAUAGAUAAACGAAUUAGAUUUAAAUUUUAAUGAUUGCAGUUUCCCCUGCAAGCUGCUGCUCAUACAGUUGUCCUGCUUAAACUCUGAGGAAUUCACUCCCAUAAGGUCAUUUUUUGGUAGGAUUUAACCAUCACCUGGGUGAAAUACAUCACUUAUCUGAGAUGUAACAUUACUUGGCAGAUAUAUGAACUAAGUAAAUAGAGCAAAAUGCAGAUGUUCUGUUGAAAUUACAAAAUAAGAUUUCAACCUGAAAAACAACAAAAAAAAAGCCCUUAUCUAAAAUACUGCUUGGAAUGCAUGCAUGCAGAUUGUCUGCCAGCAUUGUUAUCUUGGAAACAAAUUGCAGUAACAAAUUGAGAGAAAAUAAAUGGAUCGUCUGUGUAGCACAUUAAAACUCUGAUUCUGCAAACACUUUCAGAUCUGUUUAAAAUAAAGCCUGGACGUAGUUUUAAAUGGAUUAAAGUAUACAAGUAGUGUCCUUCAGGAAAGCGGGACUGCUAAUAUGCUGAAACCAUGCUUGAGCAUGGACAGUCUAGAAGCUCAAAUUAAGUCUUCCCUAAACAGACAUUAUUUAUAUAGAUGCUUAUAUAUCAGAAAUACUGAUAUACAGAACAGAUACGGCUUUCUUCUGUUUCUUCUUUUAUUAGAGCAUUGUUCACUACCACAUGAGCUAUUUUUGUGAACUUGUCUUUCCAUGUUGUUUUCAAUUGUGUAGCCACAGUGUCCCUCAACAUAGCUAAUGGCUUUGCAGUUUUAGUCCAGACUUCUGUUUGGUCACUGUUCUUCGUUUAAGCUUGAAGUGUGUAAGGAAGCCUCUCAUGUAAUGGGAAAACUUGCCAUAAAAAUUAGUAUAAAGAUUUCUUGGGUACCUGUUUUCACAUUUAAUAAAAAUGCAGUUUUCAAUUAUAAUUUGAAAUGGUCACUUUCUAGCCACUAUUUAAUAUCGAUGUGCAAAAGAAAUUGAGAAAACAAAUUACCUUUUUUAAAUUCAGCAUCAUAAAUAUUUGCUGAAAUAAAUGGUUUUGGGGAAAUUGGAUCAAAACAAGAUUUACAGCCUAGUUCCUCUGAAUAAUAAAGCUGGACUUUCUGUUGAAAGCUCCUUCCACAUCCCCAAAAGUGGAUUGCCUAACAUCUGAUGUGAUGACUUUGUAAACACCUAAUUCACAAAUAGCCAUUUUGUUUGUCUAUUCUGUGUUUUCAGUGUAUCUCACAGAUGAUUCAGGUUGCCCCUUAGCUGUGCAGGGUUCUGUAGUUGUAUCUCUCAGAAGAGUAAAAAAGUGGUCAAGCAGGCUUGUUCACAGGGCCUGGUAAUUAGGACUGGAUAGUAUGUCCACCAGAUGUGCACAGCUGUGCACUUCAAAACAAGGUAUUCGUACGCUACCUCGCUGUUCUCUUGAGAAUUUUGCUAAGGGAAAAGUCUGGCAGUUUAGCACCAGUUUUCACAGAGAAUCAGCACAAAAAAAUGGGGAUUUUAAAAGGUGGUGCAUUUUCUCAGUACCCUGGGUGUACUAGGAAAUAGACCAUACAAUUUAGAAGUUUGGUCUGCUAUGGAGGUAUAUACAGUUCCUCAGAUUAGGAGGGAACUACAACAAUAACCAUGACCAAACCUGUAUUUGUCUCUAUACAAUGAAUCAUCAGUAAUUGCUUUUGAUACAAAGAUUUAUUGCUAUGGAACAAAUGCUCCAAUCCUUGAGGAGCCAAAUUAUCAACUGGAUGAACUGGAUAUUUGUACUCUUUUUUCCUGUCAUUUAACCUUCUUGUUCUCUCUCAUUUGGAUUUUCGCAUUAAAUAUGCCAUGCCAGAUCUUUGUACAACAAUAAGAACAAUUUGCCCAUUAAACAUACAGAAAGUUGUUCACAUCUGUAACUAAAGCCCUACUAUAGAGAGUUUAUUUCAUUAGAGGCAUUGAGCUUAACAACAAAUAAGGAGUGGCACUGCAAUAUUCUGAGAAAAUUAGCAUCUCACAGAAUCACACAUCAGGCGAGAUGAUUUCUAACAAUGACAUAAAAUGCCUUUAAACAAAAGCUGAUAUUUGCCAUGCACUUUGGAGGAAAAAUAAAAUCUAAACCAUUUUUAAUUUGAGUAGAAUUUACUAAAGCUAUAACUCGCUAGGAGAGUUUGAUAACAAGCUUAUUAGCAGUCAAACUGGUUGCUAGUAUUCCUUAGCUGCUCUCUUUUUUUAAUGCAGAGGUACAUCUUGCAGAGUCUGUAAUCCCCAGCAGAGAAGUCGGGUGCCUUGGUCUGGGCAGGUGGUGAGCCAGGAACUGCAAUAUCCACAGGCCACACUUUUUGUUACAGAGGAGCAGAGUGCAGGUGCCCUUCCAGCAGAUGUGAAGACCCAUCUCCAACAGGAGUACCAAAUGUGUCAAACAGCUUAGUAGAAAAGAAAAGCAGUGUUUGUUAAAGUGUCCUCUAUAACAUAAAGUUCUAAAGUAGGUAUAAGCUGUUCCCUGUUCUAUUUUCAUUUUUCUGAUUAACUCCCUAGUUUUUAUUUGGUUUACAUGUACAUUAAUGGUUAAGGACGAGAAUACAAGUUGCUAAACUAGGGCUGAAAUAUGGAAGAGUGGCACGAGUGAAGUGAAAGCUGGAGUUUUCUGUCAUUAGAGAAUAAAGUACUUUCAUUUUUCCAGGCCAAAAAGCAUCCAUACAAUAAACUUGUUUAGCCUUGUAGUGGCUAUUUGAGAAGUGUGAAUCAAAACGCUGUAUAUGCUUAGAGACCAAUUUUGAAGGCUUUUUUUUGUGGCAAGUAUCCCCCUGCAAAAAUGUUGCAGUGCAUCUGUUUUGUGCAUGUUUGCCUAAAACCACAGAAACAACUUACUUUCUUUUAUGGAUUGCUGUACAUGUGUCUGGCAAACACUUUUUUCUGGUGGGGAGAGGAGGAAAAUUUGAUAGCUGGUGGGUUAGUAUAUUUAUGUGAAUUACUUAAAGCUUUGGUAAACUAUUGUCAACUUUGUUCACAUUGCACAAGAUACCCUGUGUAGUCUACUGCUGGCAUGAUAACCUCAGUGAUCCAUGCAUAUUCUGUAAAUUCCUGUAGGUUUUGUGUAAGAAGCCUUGUCACCAUUGCUUACUACUGUAGAUUCUUGUUUUGGAGCAAGAGGUGGCUUUUGAUUGUACAGCCAUGUGUAUUAUAUACUGCAACAGUACUUGUUCUGUCAUCAAAACUUGCUGUUCACAUAUAGUUAAAGCUUUGUUAAGCACGCUUAGUGGUUUCAGAGUUUAUUUCAAACAGCAGAUAUAUAAGCCAUUACAGGAGUAUUAAAUAUAAUGUAAGAGAGUUCAAUAUGGUUCAUAUCUGGUUUUGAGAGCUUGGGGUUGGAUUUUCAUGGACAACAGGCAGCUGCAGGUUAGCACAUUUCAUGGCUCUGUGCCAGGCAUGUAGUAUAUGCUUUCCAGCUACAGGUGCCUGCAAGCCUGGGAGAUCAGACUCUGUGCAGGAACAAGAGGGAGAGUCUCUCCUACUGCUGUCCACCAGCCAAGGCACCUAUGGGACCUCAGCAGACUCUUGUGGAGAGACCCGCCAGCCUGCAGGCUUCCUUGCACUAUGUGAGCAAAGACAUACUAGCUUUUCCUCUGGUGUCUCUUUUUUUUUUCCCCAAAACCUUUUGCAUUGGUGUGCCAGGGCAUAACCCCAUUUUUAAGAGUAUACAGGAGGGUAGGGAACUGCUGGCUCUAUAUUGUGUCCUCACCUCCAGCUACCACAGGCUAUACGUGAGGCAGUGUUUUAAGGGGAACUUAGUUAUUUGUCUGUUAAUCAAGGUAGAAAAAUAAUCUGAAUUCUUGGACUCUGGAUUCCUUCUUAUUACUGUUUUAUGUUACAACAAAGACCUUAACAUAUGUGUGUUUUCUUUGCUGAUUUCUGACAUCAGAAAUUCAAGUCCUGUCUAGACUGCAAGACAAUGAUGGGAAAGCUGGGAAAGUUGAAGGGGAUUCUUAGUUGAGUUAUUUUUACAUUCUGUUGUAUUUGGUUUUGAUAGUUUAAAUGACUAGGGUAAUCUUUUGAAAAAAAGGCAGUCUUUGUUAGUGACUUUGCACCUUCACCCUUUCACAUAAGACUUCAAGUACUUGGAAUGAAUGUUCUUCACACUUCCUAGCCAAUCUGUAGAUAAAUUCAUUAUAUUUCUAAGGUCAAAAAAUAUUCCUACAGAUUCCUUCAGCCCUUUACAGAGGAAAACAGAGCCAUCCCAAUCCCACGAUCCUAAGUAUUUGCAGGUCACAUUUAAACAAUUAGGCAGUUGUUUUUUAGACAAAGAAUGACUUUCAUAAAUGAAAUUCUUGUUCAAACUCCAGUUGCUGGAAGUAAAGAAAAUCUCAGUUAUUUUCCAAACUAGCAAGAAUUUGGUUUGUCAAUUCAAACUAGAAAGGUUUGUCAAGAUAAAUAUCGAUGUAGAAAGUACAUACAAAACUUGAUAGUGCCUCUGACCUUAAGCAUUAAUAUUGAUCACAUUGAGGGUCUCAUGAAUUUUCUGUAUUUCAGAACAGCUAUAUUACUGCUCAGCGUGUGCUUCAUCUUCAUUAUCAACAUCUACCGCAAAUAAACAAUCCACAGCAUUAUAAAUAUGUGGGCAUGCCUGUGUGCUGUGUAAGGAUGAGUAACCAUGCCAACGGCAAACUUCACCACACCAUGUGUGUAACUUCUAAAAGCAGCCCCUGGGAUCAUUCCAGAAAGGCAGUAGUUUGUGUAGAUGAGAGGUUCAAAAUGCUGUCUGACAGCGAUGCCUUUCCAAAUGGUUUAGGGUCUUGCUUUGGGGGACCAUAUCUGUCCCAGAUGCAGCCAUUGGAAGGAGUUUUACCACAGAUACAUCUUUAUUUGAAGCUGUUAAACUGUGUCAGAAAACAGACCUGUCCCUGAAGGGUUCCCUUCUUUCAAAAUUCUUUUUAAAAUACACAGCCAUUUUCCACAACUGCAGAAGUGCUGAGGGCUCAGUAGUGUUGGUUGGUUUGUACCAAAACACAACCCUCUACGCGUUCUUAUAUUGAGAGGGCCUCCCCUUUGAGGGUGCCAUUGACCGCCAGUGUAGCACAGCUCCAGGAAUCCAGCGCUCAAAGAAGCCACCUUUUCUAAGUACUAAACAAGGGAAACAAGGUCAUAAAAUCAAGCCGCACUGUUCUGUCUUCUAAAAGUCCUUUGCAAGACUGUGGAGUUUGGAAGUACAUGGAUUGCAUGGGUCACUAAGCUCAAAGCAUAUCUGAGUUGGAGCCUCGGACAAGGCUAUUACAGACUGUUUUGGUAAUAUAAUGGUAAUAAUGUACCACCACAUCAGACUUGUUUCCACUCCACACUGUGGCCUGAUUCAUUCUGCACUAACUUUAGCUGCCUAAAAGUUACCAGCCUAGGUCUCUUCUGAAAGUUGGAGGAGGGACAGAAGAGGUGGUGCCUAUUAAGAUUGUAUUAUCGGAUCAUUUGCUUUCUCCAGUUACGAUUCAUGUGUGCUUUUAAGGGCCUACAAUUAGAUGGGGUGGAUCCAAGCGUUUAUACUUCGCUUCACAUCCCUGUACACAAAACUGCAUUUUUUUGAGCCCAGUAUGGGCAAGAAUAACGCAGCUCCUAAAAACCUGCAUGAGUGGCUUCCAGAUGAGUUUCUGAAUCCUUCAAUAUCAAACAUGAGAUUUCUGCCCACAGUUGCUAUUUUCUUCAUCUUUACUUCCUUUUUUAUAAACAGAUGUAACUUGAACUAACUUGUUUAAAUGUUUCUAGAAGGUUCACACCUGCCUAGAAAUCCUCACCUUUAUCUGUUAAGUGGGCUCUCUCUUUGCCUGCUCCAGUUCAUUCCUUGAAAGCAGCACAUGAAGGAACCAUUGCAUAGAUCAAUAGCACAUGCUAGUUUUAAAUGCAGCUGUGAGAUUCUAAGAUAGAUAUUAAUGUUGAUGGGGUGGCUAAAGAUUGCUUUGCUGGGAGCUUGAAGGAAUAAAUCUAGGAGCUUCUCGUUUAGGAUUGUGACAAUACAUGCAGCAAAGGCGGUUUUGGGCAGGGGGCGGGGGUGGGUGGGUGUAAAAUUCUGGUAAAUGAUUUUGCAUGCUGGCUUGGAGAUGAGGAAAGUAUGCAGUUCCAGAUAGACCAGAUCUUUGCAGACAGCAUUACUGUUGAUAAGCAAAGCUUAUUUUUAUCAAGUUCCACCUCAGGCUUGCACCAUGCACCUACCUUAUUUUAGUUCAACAUGAUAUCCUUCUUCACUAUCUUUCAGUACAAAACCAUAACAGCAGUUCUAUCAGUUCUUGUUGUGAGAUGAGUAACAGCUGAAGUUUAAAAAUGUGAAUGCUGUAACUUGCACAUCUUCACCUUCAUGAAGUGUCCACCUGUCCUGAAACAGCAUCUGCCUCCAAAGUUGUUGUACAACUUCAUCACACAACAGUGUGUGUAAUUCUUUUUUUGAGUUUAAGAGGAGUGGUAUUGAUAUAUUUUCUUUAUUUUCCAAAUUGUGGGUCAUUCAGUGUUGAAAAUUAUAUGCAUCUUAUGUAGCUAUGAAUAGAAAAAUGGAGAGGUUGUUUUUUUUUUUUACGAAAUGCUAGUACAAUCCCUGCUCUGCUGUUCAAUAUUUUGAGUGCCAACCUUAAACAAAAUGUUGUCUUCACAAAUCAUCUUAGCCCCAUCUCUGCAUGAAAGUGGGAAUGGAUUUCCAAUUGCUGUUUCUGGGUUCUUAGUGAGUUCUGGGCCAAAGGUAAAGCAGUUGCAGCAGGAAAGAUUCCUGUGGCAGCCACUUACUGACAACUUCUCAGAUGCAUAAAGCAUUCUGUCUGUCAUCUGACACUCUUCCAGUUUUCCCAGUGGAUCACCAUGUUCUUGAAUAUCUUGAUGGGUAUUGUCAGCCAGUGGAGAAAAGGCAGACAAGCUCACCACCCAGGAAGGGUAGAAAUGUAGCAGGUAAGGAGCUGUCUUCUCCAGCAAUCAUUUAUUUUUAGUGAUUAUCUUUCAGUUAACAUUUGUAUCUUCAGUUAUUAUUUUACCAUUCAGUAUCUCCAGGUGAUAUGAGCAAAAGUAUUUGAUUAUAUGUAACUUACAAGAAAUAUAGGCUUGUAUUGUGCCUUUGUAAUUCUCUUCAGCUUCAGUAUUUUAAGCUACAAGCAGACAAAACUUCUUCCCUCUUUUGGGGUGUUCUUUACUACAUAGUAGCUGAUGGCUUCAUUAAUACUGGCUAUUUGAGUCUUCUGGGGCUAAGAUUUAAUGUUUUCCUGUGUGGAAAUGCCAUAGUAUUCUCACCAGACAUGAGCACAAUGACAUACCACUGCAGUGCAUGCUGUCGUAGCUUCCCUCUGUACCUGCUUGCAUGCUGGAAAUGCAGAAAUGCUGCUGUAUAAAUUGCUACAUUGUUUACCCAAUACACAUGUUUUUCUGCAUCCCUAUUUUGGUCGAAACUCCCAUUAACUUGAAAGUUAGCGAUGGCUGAAAGGGGGUUUUGGAGGCUCGAAGGAUGCAGGGAACAACUCUUCAGUAGUUUACAGGCUGCUGUAAAUUAAUGUCUUCUCAGCAAAGAAAUGUAGCAUUUUAGCAGUAACUUCCUAGUGAAAACACUGAGCGUGCUUAUCACUUAAGAUUUUAAGGAAAACAGUGUCCGACUGUGUAAUUGUAUCUCAUCUAAUUGUGACUCUUAACCAGUAAUAUUCAGUGAGGUGUGAACCUCCAUUUUAUCUACGUUUGAUCAUGAUACACCAACUAAGGCAGAACUGAAAGGUGAACAGCCAUGUUUUAGUAUCACAGCUACACAAGAAAUCACAAUUUUCAGGAGGUUCUGUUUUGAUUUUGUUUCUUUCUCUCUAACACAUUUCCACCGCGGAAGUAUUUUUCUAUAUAGUUACCUGAAGCUUUCUGUCACCAACCAAAAUAGUCUGUAGCCUUCUGCACUGUGAAAGGCAAGCCCUGUGGAGAAAUAUGGGCUUUGUGCUUGCCCAGCAAAUUAGCAGAAAUUUCAUCCAAGCCAUAAAAGCCUCUUAUGUUAUUCUGUGUUUAUGUAAUUAAAGAAAUUGGGGAUAGGAUCUUCAAGAGUAACGGGGUCUCUUUCUCCUCCGUUUUACUCUCUUUCUGUAUUUCAUAGAGAUUUAGGAGUUCGUUCUUUUUUUUUUUUUCCAAGCUCAGCUGUAUCUCUUUAAACAGUGCAGUCUAAGCACCAUGUGAGAUUCAGCUUAUGGGGAUAGCAUUGGAGCUAUGAAAGAUUUACUUUUGGUAGCAAGGAGUAACACGUGUCCCUGUGGGCACGAACACUUGCGAAAAAGUCUGAUACCGAGAAUAAGAAAAAAAUGAGAUGGUACCAGUACAUCAGAGUCUGUACUACCGUGGGUUUUUAAGCUUUUGUCAUUUGUACUUUAUUUUGCGGGAGAGGAGUUGGGGAAUCUCGGAUCACUUGGGGAAUUUUAGAAGUAUAUCACUCAACAAUCAUUUUAUAAAGUCUAGCUUCAAAAUGCACUAUGAUUUAUUACAAAAAUAUAUUUUCUUCUGUUUGCCGACAUGGUUGUUCCAUUUUGUGAUAAGUUAAACUAAGCAGUUAAUUUGUUGCACUGCCUAGCUGCAUGAAUUCAUCCAGUGUACAUAUGUACCUGUGCAGCAUUACUUUUGGUUUUGUAUUUGAAUUUGCAGUAUUGAUUAUUAUUUUUGUAUUUUACUUUGCCUCUGUUAUUGGAAUUGUAGUAAACAUAAUUUAUACAUAUGAUUUUACAACUGUUUUGCAACUGAAAAGUCUUCUUUAAAUUGUAAAGUUUUAUUGAUGGAUACUCAUUAAAAUGGUAUAAGAAUUA